CAGCCUUCCUGCUCCUGCCAAAUAAAUAUCUCCCUCCUCACCUCUGCCCCGCCUGUCUACUUGUCUAGAGCCCUGUCUAACCGCCGGUCCGCACCCGCCCACCGUCCCCGUCAUCCUCUGCCGCCGCCGCCGCCGCCGCGAUGAGCUACUACGGCCAGCAGCAGCCGCCCGUCGGCGUGCCGCCGCCGCAAGGUUAUCCCGGGAAGGACGCGUACCCGCCGCCGGGCUACCCGCCCGCCGGAUACCCUCCGCCGGCGCAGGGCUACCCACCGCAGGGCUACCCGCCGCAGCAGGGCUACCCACCGCAGCAGGGUUACCCGCAGCAGGGUUACCCGCCGCCCUACGCGCAGCCGCCGCCGCCGCAGCAGCAUCAGAGCAGCGGGCCCUCCUUCAUGGAGGGAUGCUUAGCCGCCCUUUGCUGUUGCUGCCUAUUGGAAGCCUGCUUCUGAGAUCCAAGCUGCGCACAGCUUGUUCUGGAAAACCGCUUGGCACACUUGAUAUAACUGGGAUUGGCUUGUUAGUGAAGAACCGAAGAUACCAUGAGUCCAUAACAUCUCUCCCAUCUCCUAUCGUUCUGUUUGUCCGUUGAGAUGUUUGGUGUACCUAGCAUCAUCUUAUAGUUUAUGUUUCCAAUGGAAUUCAUGGAAUCAUUGGUCUAGCUAAAAUUGUGAGAUGUCAAGUUUCUUUACUCUGUGGUCGUUGCAUUUUGCUCCUUGGCGUUGUCAAGUGUGGGAUGUGUCUAUAAUCUUUUUAGGCCUAUAUAAGCUUGUUUUGUUGA